AUGAGCUACCACGAGUCCACACCCAAUCUUGCUCAUCCAGGUAUGGAUCGAGGUCGUGAUCGUGUCGCACAAACAUAUGCAGCCAGUGAUGACGCCUCCAUCGCCCAUUCUUCGCUGGAUGCCGGGGACGAUCGAUACACGCCCAUUAAUGUUGACGGAAUUGAUGGCUAUGAGGAACCAAAUUUCAAACCUUUUGUCCUUGGUACGGGGUUCUUGACAGUCGCUGCACUUUGGUUCUUCCUUUGCCUUGCUGCUGUCACUGGUUUGGUCGUGGUUGGGCGCAAACAACCGCGUUGGCUCCGCUUCCAAUCACAAACGAGCUAUAACCUCUGGAUCUAUCUUCCCAAUGUCAUUGCCUCGGUGACGGUCCUGGCAUUCAGAUCCAUUGUGCAGCAGUACUAUCGCAUCAUGCCAUAUGUCAAAAUGGCCAAUGUGAGCACGGACCAUCAGCCAGAAGGCCACAACCUUCUUCAUACUUCCGAUGAGCUCAGCACUCUUCCUGGAUUCAUUCCUGGACCAGGCCGGUUGUUGUAUAUGUUUCAUCGGAAGGAAUACUUGGCCUUCACUCUUUCGAUAUCACUCACCGCGAAUGCGCUUCUGGCCCCUUUCAAGUCCAGUUUCCUUCAACCUGUGGAAGAUAUCCAAGGAUGGCAGGUUACUGUUUCCGUGGUAUCCGGUGCUUUUGUGGCUUCAAUCUACCUUGUUCUGUUUGCCUCGGUAGUGUGUCUAAUUGUAUACUUGAAGCGCCACAAGACUGGUCUUCGAUGGAGCCCUUGCUCCAUUGCAUCACAGCUCUCUUUGGUUCAAGGGUCGAAUAUAUUUCCCGCAUUUACUGGCCUUGAGCUUACGCGGGCCAGAAUAGAAGUCAUCCGAGUCCUUGAGAAAUGGCCCUCAAAAUAUGGCACGCUGCGACUCGGAUACUGGAGACAACGGCAUACUGGUUUGAUCGUUCACGGUAUCAGAUUUUUCCGCAACGAAGGAACGUUGGCCGGCGGACAUUCUCGAGUGGCCAUGGCUCAUGGUGGUCUGCAAGUUCAUGAAAAUGAACCAGCAGAAUCUCAACCUGAAAUGGAUUCUGAGGGUGAUCCACGAACGUAUGGUGAAGAGGAAAGUUUUCCUAUGCGUUCGUUACGAACAGUCCUGGCUGCACAGACUCGUUAUACCCCGCUGGAACCCUAUGGUGCUACCGUGCCGUCAGCCGACCACGGUACUGCCCCAGAACCCCUUUCCGUUCUUGGAGCCACCACGCAGCAGUCACACUCCGCAGUUAUGGAGACUGAGGUAUCUGCUGUGGGGUACAACAGGAUUCGAGUGCAGAGCCCCGUGGCGCCACUGGAAGAUGGAGACGAGCUCGAAUCACAUGUCGCCCCUCCUCCGGAUGGCUCUGUUCAAGAUGUAAACGACUUGUUUGAUCAAGAGAAGAAUCAAGAGUUCUCUUCGAAAUACAGACGACCUCGGGUUGGUAACUUCUACCUGACCGACGUUUACAUCCUGCCAGUCUUCCUAAUAGGUAUAACAUUAUUUAUCUGUUCUAUUGUCUAUUGGACCAAGGGGAGCGUUUCCCAACCGAUUGCGUUUCGACCCAAACUGUGCCGGCUUUCGGACGACCUUCGACGGCAAAAUGCAGUCUUGUGCAUUUUUGAGCGAGGUUUGGUGUUCAACGUCCUCCCCGUCUUUCUCUUCGGUCUCUUCUCACCGACAUUCAUAGUCUCCGACCAAUAUCACCGCACAAUGCGACCGAUUCAAAACAUGGCCGCCUCAGUGCAAGGAACUUCGGCCCAACAAUCUGUUCUUCUUGACUAUCUCUCAACCGACCCCGUUUCUACUAUCGCCAACGCACUAGUGGCCCGCAAUUUUCGGAUCGCAUGGGGUGUUAUCCUUGCUACCGGGAGCACCUUCACCCACGUUAUCAUUGGACGCGUCUUUGUCUAUGGUGAGGUUGGGAACGACGCAUUGAUGGUCAAUAUCAAACUUUCGAACUUCUACGGCGCGUUCGCGGUCCUGGUUCUCUACUGCAUUGCUAUCUGGGUGGCAAGGCCCUACGGCAGAAUCAGAACGUGCUGGCCGAUUUUCACAUUUAUUGACUUUGUGUCUCUUUGCUACCAGAGUCCCAUACUUCGAUGCCCAGAAUUCUGGGUCCAGCGAUCGGACGACCAGGAGGAACAUCUAAAGGCGCAAGUGACGUUGGCGAAGCGGAGGUAUUUCUUUGCCGGCUAUCUUGGCCAUGACGACGAGCUUCAUCUUGGUAUCACGACGGGAUACCUUCCAUCAUGGCGUGAGAGACCGGAUGAUGAUAUCGAUUGCUUGCAAGCGACAGCGACUGUGGCAAGCAAGGCUCUAAACGCGGGAUUCUACGACGUUGCGUCUAGAGAAGCCUUACAGGCUCUCCUUCCCACUAUAUCGGGCCCGUUAAAAUGGCGGCCAGCGGGCAUCUAUACCGGAUACAACUCCUGGAAGAUCAACUUUCGACGGCUUUUCCACGCGUGUGGAAAUAUCCUGUCAAUUCCAACCGGAAAGGCACGCAGAAGGAGUCACUCUACGUCUCGACUCGAUCGCAAACGGCAACGGCGGGAUACUGAAUCUGGCCAACGUUCCACGCAGAGGUUAUCCGAACAGACGACUUCAGGCAUUGAGCUUACACAACAUCAAAGCUCCAUAAUGGGCUCUUGCUGUUCGUGCCCGGCAGACGAUAACGACAGCCCACCGAGCGCCUCGAAACCCAUUACCUCCUCUAAUCCAACCGCAACCGCAUUGUCGACCACACCGAAGCGCAGCGCCUUGCCCGAAUCGACAGCUUGCACGAACCCACCAACGCAGUUUAAGAAGACCGAUACGGUUCCUAAACCUAUUGCUUCCAGCUCGCUCCAUGCACCGCGAUCCGUCGACGACUUGCGCGACAAGACCAGAUACCACGGCACAGACUCCAGAACAACAUCUCAAGCCCUCCAGCCCCGUCAAACGUUCCCUACCCCGCCAGCCCAUCCUACGCAACACGUACACAUACCUCAUUUUCAUAUACCUCAUGCUCACCAACCUCAUCAAGCCGUGGGGCACCUUUCGGACAGUCCCCAUGCCAUCACGGGCACCAUGGUUCAAACUUACAUCAUUGCCACCACGGCUCACAAUUCCAUCAUGGCCACCAUUAUCCACACCUCCAUCAUGUACUUCGAGACGGCUCAGCUGCUCCACGACUUGCUCGAGACGCCGGAUGACUUUCGACACCACUUUGAACGAUUUACGAUCAGCAUCGGGGCGACAAUUGCAUACGGCAAGCGAUUCCCGUCGGCUGACAUCCGGGAAGUCAAAAUCUUGACAGAGUGGUUUCGCCGGGCAGUCAUCGCAGGAGCUUCCCUUCAGUUGGCCGACUGGUGGCCGGUCCUCCGACCCAUCAUCCGAGCCGUGCCUUAUCGGAUCAACCCACUAAAGAGAUAUCUAGGAGAGUUGGAGAGAAUGGAGGUGGGGCUGUGGAAGACCCUCGUCGAUGAAACCAGGGAUCACAUCCAGAAAGGACGUUAUUAUCCAAGCCUGUGUCGUGACAUGAUACUGUCCAACGAGAAAGGCAAGGACCAAUUGAGCGAACGUGAACUGUGGUAUAACUCCGGUCAUGCCUGGGCCGCCGCAACCACCUAUCUCAGAGAUACGCAAUCAAACACCCUCUUGGGCUUUGUCAAGGCAAUGGUGCUGUUUCCCGAAGUCCAGAGUCGAGCGCGGAGCGAGAUUGACUCGGUAGUGGGUGCCACACGACUACCUGAAUGGACCGACCGUGGAAACAUGCCAUAUCUAAGACGAUGUGUGGAGGAGACACUACGCUGGCAGCCCACGACACUCACGGGCGGGCCGAUGCCUCAUGCAUCGAUGAAAGAUGAUGUCUACAUGGGUUAUUCGAUCCCUGCCGGAACAGGACUGAUGAACUGUGUUUGGACUAUCAACAACGACCCGACAAGAUACGACAACCCACGCGACUUCAACCCCGAGCGGUUCCCGGAAGAGGAGUCUGGCAUGGACGCCUAUUCCAUCACCCAGAACUACGAAAAGAGGCCACACCUCACCUUCGGCGCUGGACGAAGGGUCUGCCCGGGCUCCCAUGUCGCGGACCGCACACUAUUCAUAACCAUGGCCCGGCUGCUCUGGGCAUUUGAAUUCCACCACAAGCUCGACGCGCAAGGGGUGCCAAUCCUGGUUGAGAGAGAUGCGCUUACCGAGGGAUUGGUGGUUGGACCUGCUCCGUUCCAGUAA